GUGACUGUGGGCCCCCACCUCGCAUGACCCACUCCAGACCGUCCAGCGACGAGCACAUCAGCAGCUUCCCCGUGGGAUCCAGGGUGACGUACACGUGCACCGAAGGCGCCAGCAAAAUCCCCGGGAGGUCGGACACGGUGCAGUGCCUGCCCGGCUCGCGCUGGUCGAAGCUCCUCGAGCCCUGCGGCCGGAGCUGUGCUGCCCCGACCAGGUUGCGGUUUGCUGCCCUCUCCAAGGAGGACGAGACACUCAACUUCUUUCCCGUUGGGACCAACGUGAGCUACGUCUGUCGCCCCGGCUAUGAGAACACCUCGGAAAGUUCCCCCACCAGCACUUGCCUUGGAAACCUGACGUGGUCGGAAGCUGCUGAGCUGUGCAGGAAGAGAUCCUGCGGCGAGCCGGGAGCGCUGCCCGGGGGCAGGCUGGUGGCGCCCAGGGGCUUGCAGUUCGGCGCAAGGGUGAACGUGUUCUGCGAAGACGG